AUGCUUGCAUAUACCGAAGUUGUCCGCCAUUUGGAACAGUUGGAUUUGGCAUCAAUUAGACCAGAAGUCCCUCUAGCAUCCGGCGUUAUUGAUCUUUCGGGUAGUGAAGAUCCAUUUACAAAUUUAUUAUCAAUGAGGACAAAGCAGAUUUUGACGCAACAUACAUUCCAUAACGAUGAGUUUCCGGAGCAGAUAAAUAUGAUGAUGGAUGAUUUCGUAAGCACAUAUAGAGAUCUGGGACCCGAUUUCGAUCCAGUAUUCAUGAGGCCAAUUGCUCUCCCACAAGAGAAGAUGACCAUUGAAUCCAGACGUAUAGUGAUGAUGGUUUUUGACUUAUUAGAAGGAUUACCGUUGUUGGCAGAAGAUGAAUAUAGCGAGAAUGCUUAUGUAAUUCAUGCUGUAUCGAAGGUUUUGGACCCAAUCCUCACAUAUUCAAAAUGGCCACUUAAGCGUGCAUGGUCUGAGCAGACCAGUAAAUCAUCACAACCUAGGAUGGAGCGGAUGGAAGCUACGAAUUCGGGAAAGAAGCCAGAUCUGCAGGUUUUGCUAAAGCUUGAUAUGGUGGAAAGUGAACUCGUACUUGCUGAAGUUUCACGAUUACUCCCUCAACAAGACAAAGAAAUUAUAGACUGGAAGAAAUUGCUAGGGAAAGUUCCUGUUUUAGGUAUCCAAGUAAUACGAGAUCGUGUAACUGUUUCUGCGUUUGACUUAUUUGAAGAUGAUUUUUCGGAUCUGUGA